AUGACUUCCAGAAAGCAUAAGAAACUGGAGGACACCUUCACCCCUGCAAAGCCUGUCAGAGCCCAGUAUCUCCAAGCCGAGGGCACAUUUCCCCGUGACCGCGGAGUCAUUGCCAUGGGUGGAAGCUGCUCCAGUGCCCAAGAGACAGCAGUGGAGGACUGCAGCCCAGGGCCACCAGAGGGACAGGCAAGGACAAGCUGGCUUAAAGCUGAGACCUCUGACCCAGGCGUUCUCCGAGGGAAUCCAGGCCGCGUAGUGGCAAGGCCGGUGCAGAACGCAGAUGAGGAUGGGGAGGAGUGGAGUUGGGCUAGGGAGGGAAGCGGGCUGCGCUGGGGCACCGUCUAUGGCACAGGUGCGAAGCCCCAGGCCAAGGCCAAGGCCAAGGCCGGUCGCCGUCCUCGCUCCGGUCCCCCUGCAGGCGGCGCCAGAGCGCAGGGCCGCCUCGUGAUUCGGGUCCAGAGUCCGGCCGGGCGGAGCGAGGGGCGGGCCCCUGCGUCUUUGGGCGUUGGAGCGCGGCGACAGCCACGCCACGGGACGGACGGCGGGACGCGCCUCCGGAGCUCCAGGGUCAUGGAGGAGCACACCAAGCUGAGGACAAUUAUUCUAUACAUCAUUUUUAAAAAUGCCUUCCAGGUGAAAGUUGUUGCAGUCGAUGCAGAGUUGAAUGUUUUCUAUGAGGACAGUGUACAUUUUGACAGAGACCUUCCAGAAUUUGGGACUCAGGGUGGUGUUCAUGUGCACAAGGAUGGACUGACAGUCACUUCUCCUGUCCUGAUGUGGGUCCAGGCUCUGGAUGUCAUCUUAGAGAAGAUGAAAGCUUCUGGCUUUGACUUCUCUCAAGUCUUAGCCUUGUCCGGGGCAGGCCAGCAACAUGGAAGUAUAUACUGGAAGGCUGGGGCCGGACGGGCACUGAUGAGCCUAUCACCAGCCCUCCCGCUACGCCAGCAGCUGCAGGCCUGUUUCUCCAUCAGUGACUGCCCGGUGUGGAUGGACUUCAGCACCACAGACCAGUGCCGCCAACUGGAGGCUGCCGUGGGCGGGAAUCAGGCUCUCAGCCGCCUCACCGGGUCCCGUGCCUAUGAGCGUUUUACAGGAAACCAAAUUGCAAAGAUUUACCAGCAGAACCCCGAGGCCUACUCACACACGGAGAGAAUUUCUUUGGUCAGUAGCUUUGCUGCUUCCCUGUUCCUUGGCUCCUACUCCCCUAUUGACUACAGUGAUGGUUCUGGAAUGAAUUUGCUGCAGAUACAGGACAAAGUCUGGUCCCAGGCUUGCCUUGUUGCCUGUGCCCCUCAUUUGGAGGAGAAGCUUGGCCUUCCAGUCCCAUCAUGCUCAGUUGUGGGAGCCAUUUCUUCCUAUUAUGUCCAGCGCUAUGGAUUUCCUCCAGGGUGCAAAGUGGUGGCCUUCACUGGGGACAACCCAGCAUCACUGGCAGGCAUGAGACUGGAGGAAGGUGACAUUGCGGUCAGCCUGGGUACCAGCGAUACCCUAUUUCUCUGGCUCCAGGAGCCUAUGCCUGCCCUGGAAGGCCACAUCUUCUGCAACCCAGUUGACUCCCAGCACUACAUGGCACUCCUGUGCUUUAAAAAUGGCUCCCUCACGAGAGAGAAGAUCCGUGAUGAGUCUGCUUCCCAUUCCUGGAGCGAGUUCUCCAAGGCACUGCAGUCCACUGAGAUGGGGAAUGGCGGAAACCUGGGUUUUUACUUUGAUGUAAUGGAGAUUACCCCUGAAAUUAUUGGGCGCCAUAGGUUUAAUGCAGAAAACCAUGAGGUCUCAGCAUUCCCCAAGGAUGUGGAGAUUCGAGCACUGAUCGAGGGACAGUUCAUGGCCAAGAGGAUUCAUGCAGAAGCCCUGGGCUAUCGAGUUAUGCCCAAGACAAAGAUUUUGGCCACUGGAGGAGCAUCUCACAAUAGAGACAUCUUACAAGUCCUUGCAGAUGUAUUUGGUGCCCCGGUGUAUGUCAUAGAUACUGCCAACUCAGCCUGUGUGGGUUCUGCCUACCGAGCUUUUCACGGUCUUGCAGGUGGAAAAGAUGUGCCCUUUUCAGAGGUUGUGAAGUUAGCUCCAAAUCCCAGACUAGCUGUCACCCCAAGCCCAGGAUCUUCUCAGGUCUACGAGGCUCUCCUUCCUCAGUAUGCCAGACUUGAGCAGAACAUCUUGUUCCAGACCCGGGGGCCUCUGAAGUGAACUCCCCAGUCCCAGACACCUCUCUGGGACCUACUGUCCCCACCUGCCUAGACUCACUGGUCCCACUGCCUAAAGACAUGUCCCUGGACAGCAGGGAUCCUCUUCCCUGUUCUGAGCAGCUCUGCCUGCCUAUGCUGACUUCUUGGAGUAUGCCAGCCCCUUCCAGGACCACCUUGAAGCCGGUCUCAGCACACAAUCCUGAAGAUAGGUGGGCGCUCGUGCCCCUGUGCCCUCGUGCCCCAGGGCAGAAAGCAUCUUUCCUAUCUUUUAUCCCAGGAGGCAAGAUAACUCUGAGUCUGGGGUAUGUCCAAUAAAAAUUGUGACUUUUUCCCUUGCA